AUGAAGACCGUCAUCGUACCGCCCGGCUUCGUUCCCUCCCCUAACACCUGUACCGACCCCAUCGAAGCCAAGAAAACCUUGUACAAGUGCACGAUCUGCCCCCGCGACCCCAUCAUCUUCGAGACUGGCCUCAAGGCGCACACCCAGCGAGUGGGACACAAGAAGGCUCUCGAGAUCAAGACCACCGGCCACGCCGCCCCUCAAACGACGACGUCCAUCUCUAGCGGCAAGAAGACGUCUCGACCCUCCGCCAGCAAGCCGGUCAUGCCGACCCCUCCGCGCUCCGAUGCUUCCAGCGACGUGGUCAUCGUUCAGAAGAAGAAGAUCGCCCGACCAGAGAUAGAAGAUGCGACAGCGCUACCGGUGGCGAAGGACCCGGCGGAGUUGAAGCGAGACCGGGGGAGGCAGGCUGCCGAAGCUUAUCGAGGCUGCCGCGAAGUCGCCGAGAACCUAGUCAAAGGGCUUGUAGCCGAGAUGGGCCCUUCUCGAAACUGGGAUCACAUCAGGAGGGUGCGGAACCUAGCCAUGCGCAUGGCCCACGAGGAGACGCCGGAAGUGGACCUCAAGGUCGUGGAGUUUCUAGCGCUCUUUCACGAGGUGGCAGAAGCCUCGUCCACUCCUUCGGCUCUCACCACUAUCCUCGCCCCCUUCCUCAAUCACAAGUUGACCGCCCAAGUGCUCACCGGAGACCAUAUCGCGGUGAUAAUGUACCUGCUUCCCUUCGUGCCCUGGACGGUCGAGGCCGACAUGCGCAAGCGUGAUGUCUGGCCGGCGCACCACGAUGCCUCCCUGGCGCUCUGCGCCGUUCAAGACGCGGAUCGGCUCGAUGGGAUGGGCGUAGAGGGGAUAGUGCGGUUUGCUCAGGCGAUGGCUGUGGAGGAUGGUGUGGGUAUGGAGGCCGAGAUCGAGGACGGCGAGACCAAGAAGAACUCCGUCCAGGCUGUGCUUGGGGCCAUGAUUAAGCGCUCCGAGGGUAUGAAAACUGACUCGGGCAAGCUCCAGGCGGAGCAGCGCUGCAAGACGGUGAAAGCCAUGCUGGAAGGCCGCAAGCAGGAGAGGCGAGCUGCGGGGCCCUACCGAGCGGCAGUCUGA